AUGUAUGGUUUAUUGUUGAGGCUAUUUCUAAUCGGUGUUGUUUACUCAAGCACUGAUUUGGAGCUGGGAAACGCGUUUUUGGCCAAGGUUGGUUUAGAUGAGAGUUUGUGAAUCAAAAAUGGGGUUUUUAGGGUCAACUUUCUGAUGCAUUAUCUCAUUUUCAUGAGGCAAUCAACUCAAAUCCCAAAAAUUAUCAAGCUAUUUAUCGACGAGCUUUGAUAUACUUGGCACUUUCACGGCCAUCUUCUGCAUUUGCUGAUUUUCAAAAAGUUCUUGCUCUCAAACCCGAUUUUGUCAAAUUCGAUGAAAAUUCAAAUUUUUUGGAUAGAGAUAAACAUUCACGUGUAAUUCAAAACAAAACUCCAGUUUCUCGGCUUUUCUGCAAGAAUCUGGAGUUUAAACAACUUCCACACACAUGA